AUGGGGUCCUCGUCACCGCCAUCUCCAUCUGCGGCUGGGGACCUUGGUGGGGUUGGCGGGCCUCACCGCUCAUCCUUCACCAUCCAGGCUCCCCCAGAGCCCCUGAAGCCCAGGCAGACAUUGCUGGGCCUCCCCUCAAAUCUCAGGGUACGGAGCAGCGGGGGAACAGAGUUCUUCACGCGGUCGGCCACCAAGUUCAAGGGCGCCCUGGCCCAGAAGUUCAUGUUCGUGGAGGGAGACCGAGCCAUCUGUGGCUCCUACAGCUUCACGUGGUCGGCCGCGAGGACGGACCGGAACGUGAUCUCCGUGCUGUCCGGCCAAGUGGUGGAGACGUUUGACCGGCAGUUCCAGGAGCUGUACCUCAUGUCACAGGGCGUCAGCCUCAAGGGCAUCCCCAUGGAGAAGGAGCCCGAGCCAGAGCCCAUUGUGCUGCCCUCUGUGGUCCCUCUGGUGCCCUCUGGCACUGUGGCCAAGAAGCUUGUCAACCCCAAGUAUGCGCUAGUCAAGGCCAAGAGCGCUGAGGAGAUCGCCAAGGUCUCCUCUGAGAAGCAGGAGGUCAAGAAGCCCGCGGGGCUGCGGGGCCCAGUGCUGGCCGAGCAGCCGGGAGACCCCCCCGAGCCGCCCCUGCCUAUCCACCCAGGGCUGCUCAACCUGGAGCGGGCCAACAUGUUCGAGUACCUGCCCACGUGGGUGGAGCCAGACCCCGAGCCAGGCAGUGACAUCCUGGGCUACAUCAAUAUCAUCGACCCCAACAUCUGGAACCCCCAGCCCAGCCAGAUAAACCGCAUCAAGAUCCGAGACACAUCCCAGGCCGGCACCCAGCUGUGGAGGCAGAGCCAGGACUGCAGCCCUGCUCCAGAGCCCAGCAGCCCCCAGGACGGGGUCCCAGCCAAGAAUGGGCUCCCCCAGGAGGACCCCAAGCCACAACCCCCUGUGCCCAAGCCCCGGACGGUCCCCGUGGCAGACGUGCUUGCCCAGGAGGGCAGUGGUGUGGGCGGGGCCCUAGAGAGCCCCGAAGAGGAGGUGCCCCAGGCCAGGCCAGGCCAUAGGCUGCCCAGGACACCAGGCCCAGGCCACGUCCUGCCCCAGCGGCAGCUGUCUGUGACCCAGGAUGACCCUGACGGUGAGGGGCUGGUCCCCAAUGGGCUAGAUCGGGAAGAGGAGGAAGAUGAUGAUGACUACGUGACCCUCAGCGACCAGGACAGCCUCUCGGGCAGCUCUGGCCUUGGCCGUGGCCCCCGGCGGCCCUCAGUGGCCUCCUCUUCUGUGUCAGAUGAAUAUUUCGACGUGAGGGAGAGCUCAGCCCCUCUGCGGAGGCGCCACUCAGAGCAGGUAGCCAAUGGGCCGGCCCAGCGCCCCCGCCGACAGCUGAGUGCCCCCCACGUGACCCGCGGAGCCUUUGGUGAGCCCCCGUGUGGGUCACUGUGGGCCCCAGGCCAGGAGAGAGAAGAAGCCAGCACUCUGCGGAAGAUGCAGGCCUUGCGCUCCGUGGACGAGGAGGCACAGGACCACCAUUAUGGAGUCCCUGCCUUGGGGACCAGGGAGAAAGAUGGCUUCCCACAGCCGUUGAGGACCCCAAGAUCCCCGGGGUACUGCCCCGCUGCUGAGGACGCCCAGAGCUCUACCAGGAAAGCGGGUUCCCAUUACUGGCAGGCCAAAGGCAGCCUCCUGCCAGGUCCCAGGAGCCCAAGGCUGGCCCGAAACGCCAGUCUCCUGACUGACGGCAGGGCCACCGUAGUGCACCCGAGCCCUUUUGGAAUCCCAUACUCCAGACUGUCCCAGUCGAAGCAACUGAAGGCCAGGACAGGCGGCAGCCAAUGGGCCUCAUCUGACUCUAAAGGGAGGGUCCAGACCCCUCGGGACCACAAGGACCCCUAGCCAGGUCGUCCGCGGCCUCCACCCAAGCCCAGACCGACCAAGCAGGUGUUCCCAGGGCCACACAUGGAUUGGCAAAUCGGCCGCCGGACUCUCCAGAACCCACCCCGGAAGGCAAGAAGGUAGCAGGCGAUGAUGUUGACACACCUGGUCGGUGCACCAGUACCAGGUGGCCAUGAUGGUCAGACCAAAGGUCAUCCCAGUC